CCCACUGAGCCUCCUCUCAGUUAAAAGUCUGAUUAGUUGGAGUUAAAGGGUUUUUUUUUUCCACCAGAUAUCUAUAUUAAAAAAUCACACACAUUUGCCAGCAUAUUUCAAUAAACGUUGCUUGUUUCUGUGAAAAUUUAAUCAAGCUACAGUUCAUCAACAUGUUAAAAACAGAAGAAUGCUUUACAGAAAUGCAGUGCACAGCUAGCAGGGAUUCAGUGAAUAUUGCAUGUUGGUGAUCUACUUUAGAUGUUCAUCCUGCUAUCUGUGUUGCCCCCCCCCCAAAAAAAAAUGACACUACAAAUUCCAGUUUGACAUGUUUAUCAAAAGUAAACAGUGUGUUUUUAUUUAGCAAAUUGAGAAAAAAAAAAACCCCUCACAGCUUAACUGCUAAAAAUGUUUGUUAAUAUGCUGGUAUGCAUGUGUGGAAGUAUGGAUUAGUAUUUUUUUAUUAUAUGAAUUACAGAUAACAUAUGAAAUCAUUGAGUCUGACCUGUAAACAAACCUUUAACUUGUGUGUAUUUGUUGUCUCGUAUUUGUCUGUGCAUAAAAAAAGGUAUUAAUCAGUUUCAGAGUGAAAGCAGGUUUUAAUCCUGUUUUCUGAAUUAUCGUUUUAUUUACAUUUGGAUCACAGAUUUACACUGCAGCACCAUGAACUCUUUAAAUGACUUCACAAAGAUCCUAGUUUAUUAGGUUCAAUCUACUGCAACAUUCUUGCAAUAAUGUACAGUUGUUGUACAGUUGUUGGUGGUAUAUUGGACUCUACUAUUUGAAAUGUUUUUAAUGUUUUGUCCAACCCUACAUGAGAGCAGACUUCAAUGAGCAAAUUACUUCAAUGAGCAAAACAAUGAGCAUGAAGUUGAAUCAACAAGUCUCAAGUUACUGCACUGCUUUACCUAAUAAACGGGAAAGUCAGUGCAUUUAGACUAAAAUGAAUAUGUGUUCAAAGUGUAGGUACUAAACCACUUCCUGUGAGGCUGCGAGGCAGCGAGGCACUGAGGAUCUAUUUAAACCACUGAAUAUCAACAACCAGGGCUUACAGUUCUGCUUCUAUCAGGUGUCUGAUCUGUCUCUCAACUGCACUUGUACACACCAGACAUAACUUGUUAUAUCAUAACGUGACCCACACUAUGAAACAGAGCCCUCGAGACAACAUUAGAUUUCAGUAUUUUGGUGCUGAAACAGUUGAUACAGUUGAUAUCACUAACAUAUAACAAGCCUAUGCAGAGAUGAUAUUUAAGAGUCUGACAGAGAAUCAGUCACUGGAGCUCUCCUGCUCCCCUCAGCAGGAACACGGCAGCCUGACGAGUCUCCACCUGUACCACCGCAGUGCCCAGAGCCAGACGACCCUGUUGUCCAUGGAUGAAGGCAGGGGGCUCAAGGUCCACCGGGAGCACGAGGGGCGUCUGCAGCUUUCUGGAGGACUGGACUCCCUGCCGGUUAAUGUAACCAUAUCCCGCUUGAAGCACAGUGACAUGGGGCUCUACAUGUGGGAGCUGAGCUACAGAGAGAACAGUUCUGACCAGAUCAUCCUCUACACUCACAAAGUUUUCUUGUUGGUACAAGGGACAUCAGGGAGGACAUGCCAGUGCUCCGCCGGUUACCCUCCUCUGCUCUUGGUCAUCUUUGCAGUAGUUGUGCUUCUUCUGCUCACGCUCAGCUGGCUGGCUAUAGAGAGAUGUGUGAAGGUGAGGCAUAAUCACACACCACAAUUUUCUGCUCCUAUCUAUGAGGAAAUGACCAGGAAGCAGCAGCAAAGUACCGGAAUCCCCCAAAAUAACCACGAGGCCCCCACACACCUGGAGGAAGUCAACUUCCCCAUCUACGCUAACCCCAGCUUCAGACAACCAGAGGACAACUACUAUGCGUGUCCCAGACAGCUCGCCCUCAGAGCCUGAUGUGACGUCUGGCAUCAGACUAAUGGUGCAGCAAACGCACAGGAAAUGAAACCAGCUCAAUGGAAAAUAUCUGAUAUUGGCGCUACAAAUAACUUCAUCAUGUCAUGGGGGGAAGAAGAAAGACCUCGGUUUGGUGGAGCGAAGAAGAUGCAUAGAGACAAACACCAAAUAAACAAAUGGCACAUUUUUAACAGCCAAGAAAAAAAUGCUAUUUUAUUAAUAUUUGAAAGAAGCUCCAUAGUUCAUGAAAUAAUUUGUUUCGGUGCAUGUCAUUUAACAAUCACAUUCUAUGAGGAGAAAGAGAUAUACAGAGAGAAAAAAAAUAAAACAUUACAAGCCACUGACUUUUCAUUAAAUCUCAGUACAGACAUUUUUACUUAAUAUUUCAAAAAACAAAACAAAAAAAGGCAAAAAAAAAAGCAGCCCUAAUCCCAAAUCCCCCAUCCCACCCUCCGAUAUCCCAACAUAACAACUGAGAGAAACAAAACAAACAAAAAAAAAAACCCUUGAGGGUGACAGGCUAGAAUCCCACAGUGCUAAAGAGUGAGACGCUCAUUGGUUUUAGGAAUACACAGCAUGGCGAUGUAGCGCUAGGUCAAUCUGAAUCAGGGGAAGGAAGCUGGAGGCGGAGGGCUUGACAUGAAUAACCUCUCCACCCCCUUAAAAAAAACAAAAACAAAAACAAAAAAAAACCAGUACAACACAUUGGAUCCCAAAAACCCCUGCAAUAGAUCAGCCACUUAGAAGUCGGCCAUAAAAUCCCCCCAUCUUCCACCCCCCCCCCCCCCCCCAAACACUUGUGCAUAGUUUCAUGAUCCUUUACAACCAGCUCAUGUUUUAUAAACAUCCUCCAAAUGUGAAAAAUGUUCCACAAAAGUCUGAUUUAUCUAUUAAUAAUACCCGCUGUGGGAGAAUGAGAGAGAGAUAGAAAGAGAGAGAGAGAGAGAGAGAGAAAGAGGAAAGAAAGAGUAAUGCACAAUGUUCCUGAUUCAGUCAGGACGGGACCUCAUUAAGAAAACACAAUAAAGAUUCAAACAUACAGCAUUUUGCAUGUUAUUCACUGUCUUUCUUUUUUUUUUAACAAUCAAAAUCAUUGACCAUUUUUGUUUUUAAAUGUAAAGCAAUUUUAAUAUAUAGAUUUAUAUAUAAAGCACUCCAUUUUCAUUUAAAGUCCAUUAUUUGGUUAUUAUGUAACUGCUACGGAUUUAGAAACAAAAGGUAUUUUCUCUUCUUCUGAAAUCCAUAACUUUCAGUGCUUAGAAUUGUUUCUUUUAAAUCAUCCUUUUUUCUUUUUUUUCUCUUUUUUUUUUUAUUUUUUACUCAUCAUAAAAAUGUACAUUAAAAUGGCGUGGAGUUGGUACUCUGGAACCCUGGCCUUCCUGAGACAAGAUCCACUUUUUCGUGUGUGUGCAAGAUAGUGAGCAAUUAUGUCUUUUUUUUUCUUUUCUUUUUUCUUGUUUUUUUUUUUUUUAUAAAGGAAAAAUAUAUAUAAUCAACAUAAAACAUACAGGCUUCAGAUAGUCCAUGAAAUCAACAUUAACACAGAACAAAGAAGGUUAAACAGAACAAAACAACACUGUUCAAUCCCAGAGUUCUGAAAGUAGCACAAUAAAUCUUCAUUCUGUGAAGUGUUGCGUUGCACUUUUUAAAAAUGGAAGCAUUUGUCCUUUUUUUUUUUUUCUUUUUUCCAACAUUCCCAUGGUAUAAUUCCUUUGUUUCGCUGAUUUUUUUUUUUUUUGAACUCCAGAAAUAAACUAAGUGUUUGUAAACUGUCAGUGGCCUUGCAGGAAAACAAACGACAACAUGAGUGAAAUGAACAUAAGUGAAAACAGAACGAAAGCUAACAAACCAAAAAGGUAGGCACCUCUGAGGUGAGCCCUAGAAGCCAAGGCUCAGUCUGAUGUCUUGUCCUUCACUCUCUCUGUUGCUCAGAUUUGGGAGAGCAGAAGUCGUUCUACCCCAAUCUAUGGCCACAGGUCUGCAAAAUACUUUUUUUGCUGCAUUUUUUUAUACAUAUGUGAUUUUUUUUUUUUCAGUUUUCUUUUUUUUUAAAUUUUUUUUUUUUUAGGUUUAUAGUCUGAAAAAUGGUGCAAUACUCAAAUAUGAUCCAUACUUUCUUGGAUUAUUCCACAAUGAAAGCCACUAAGGUAGAUAAACAUUACAUUUUUAAAAACACACUUAUUUUAGUCCUUGAGUAAACAUUUACACGUGAACUGUCCCCGUCUCCCCUCAGUACUUGUAUCAUGUUGUUCGUUUAGCUGGAUGAGGGGUGAGGCCGACACUCAGUGCAACGCUAGAGGCUAGUAACAAUUAACAUCAGAAUAUAUUUUUGACAAGCAAAAAAAAAAAAAAAAAAAAAAAAAAAAACCAAACAAAUCAACAACAAAAGUAUACUGAAUUGAAAAGAAACACAAGGCGGAAAUUCCUCCGCUGUAAUCACGAGCUCUCGCACAUAUUUUCACCUCACACACACACACACACACACACUAAAACAUUCAAUCAUACAACAUACAGUACAAGCAGCCUUGUGCAAACACUCAAAUACAACAGAUGUAAAUUUGCCUUGAUAAUCGAUCUUUGUUUUCAACAACACUCGUAUUUCAAAUUUAAUUCACUCUGAACCGAUGCUAUCAAAAAUCUCUGAAGUGUAUGAAUGAGACAAAAAACCACUACAAAAAGUGUUCACAUUACAUUAUUGGCGCUUCUUUUGAUUCAAGUAUUUGUUUUCAUUAUUUUGUAUUACUCUGAUAUGUUUAUGAUCUUGUCUUCUGGGAAAUAUAAUGUCGAAGGAGGAUACACAGGGUAAGGGCUGAAGCCAGGGCAUAGGGGGAAAGGGCUUAGGUUAAGUGGAAAACAGAGAGAUCUAGCCAUAUACACACAUACACCCGUACGUACUCUUGGAUGUAUACUGUAUAUGAACUAGCAUGUGCAUAUUCAACCCAGGCCUUUGUUUUUUUUUUUUUUUUAAAGAGAGAUUUGCUAAUUCAACUCUUUUUGGGGCCCCUGCCCCAGACCCUUGUCUGAUCCAUGAUUGAGAAGCAUAUUUUGCUCGUGCUCCAGUUUCCUUUGAGUCCGUGUGACUUUAAAAAAGGGAGAGCAUCUGAUUUCCAACACUAGACAGGUAGAUAAUAGUGCAGGUGAGGGGUGUGGGAGGGGGGCGGGGCUCUCAGUGCUGGUGCUGCGCCAAGAAAUCCAGGGCACAUCUGAGACUCGACCUCCGUCCCAGUCACCCGUCCUCCCACUCUAUUCAACUCCCCACUUCAACGCCAGUUCCUUGAUUCAAGUCCAGUGUGGAGUAAAUGCAGGUUUUCAGGAACAAACAGACACACAAACAAACAACACAGGCAAUAGUGAUUGUUUUGUUGAAUGACACGAGUCUAAAAGCGACUCUGGAAGAGGGCAAAUCCCCUAAAUUUUAAGACUUGGUACCGAACUUGAGGUGUGUCCCUGUUUCUGCUGAUACGUUGGGUCCCUGCUUGGACCCCGACCCCAAAGCCAGAUGUGCAGAAAUGACCUGUUGUAUAUAUUAGCUGGCACAACCCUCAGGUUGGAGGUCCAGAAUGAGCCUCCUGGAUACAGCUUCCCCAGAUGUGGCCCAGAGAACGAGCCUAGACGGGGCGAGUAGGCGGCAGCUUGCAGAAAAACAGAACACAGGCAUCUCAGCUUUGGAGUGCACAGCUGAAACAGACUUUUUUUUUUUUUGUAGUUUCUAGUUUUUGCGAAAAAACCUUGAUGAUAAAGAAAAAGAUAAUGUUUUUGGUUUUUAAAGAGAUGUACCCGAUGUGACCCAUAAACAGUGCACAGACACAUACAGGGACCACCCCCUCCCCUCCUCCUGCAGCCACUUAAAAAUUCCAGUCCCCUGUUGGUGAAAGACCAGCAGCACCAUUCAUCUGUCCUGCCCUUCUACUCCUUGAGCCUCCUACAGCUGGAGCUUGUGAUGUACGCCGCUGCAGCAACAAAAGAAACUUAAGUCUCGUCACGCUAAAGAUAAAUUAGGAUAAUGGCAAGGUGGAAGUAGAAAUUUGUAGAUCAGUUGGCACAAGACUGAAGAAAUGUUUGCCAACCACUAGUGCCUCCAGCAGGUCAUUUAGUGUCAUCUAGUAGCUCUGUCCACACAGUGGGAGACUAAACCCUUGAAGAGAGACUCUUUCAGUGUCCCCUUCAUUUUUUUCCAAAGGGGGGGUGGGAGGUUUUCAAGGGAAGCUGCCUGGUAGUAAAGGUUGAGAGGUAAAUGACGAUUGGCAGAUGUGGGGAAUGGCUGUGAUUUUUUUUCUAGAUGGCUGUGAACGAACACCUCCUUGUCUUUUGCAUAGAAAUGGAAGGCUGUUUAUCAGUUGAGGUGGUUCUAAGUGUAACUGAGUGCUCCCAGAGUUAAACAUAAAGCACCAGUGUGAGUGAGGCUCAUCAACACUAAAAGGAUGUGUGUGUGUGUGUGUUAUGAGACAACAUAGAGUGUGGAGGUUGCGUGCCCCAGGAUGGACAGAGGAACCUCGCUCACUAUCCUGGAGAAUCUUUUGACUACUACACACGGCUGUGGCUCAGGAGGUAGAGCGGGUCGCCCGCUGAUCAGAAAGAUCAGCGGUUCGAUCCCCGGCUCCUCCAGUCCGCAUGUCGAAGUGUCCUUGGGCAAGAUACUGAACCCCGAACUGCUCCCGAAG